UUUUGUUUACAUUGCAACCCUCUUAACAGAUGUUUUCAAGUGCAUUUGCAACUCGCGUAUUUGUUAUUGACAAUUUUCAAUUUGUUAAUUUCAGUAUUUGAUUGUAUUUUGUUUAUAAAUAAAAAAUUACAAGAGAACGCUUAUCACAAUAAACAAGAGACGUACAACAAUGCCAAAAGUGAAAGUAUAUCGAAGUGACUCACCUGAAUCCGUGUCGCGUUCUUGUUGAUAGAUUUAUUUGCUAUAACGCCCUCACGUUUUGUGCCAGCGUUCACUGACCGACUGCAAAGAUUUAUUACACAACAAACAAUAAAUAAAUCUGUAUUAAAAAUAAGUCAACACAAACUAAAAAUAAAACAUAAACAAUUUGCAUCUGUGCAAAUAGAAAGAAAAGGAAGUGACACUUGUCGUUCAAGUUCACCAAUUUGCCCCUGAAGCGGUGCAAUUAGCUAUUCAGGAAGAAGAGAUAAUAAAGCAAAGAUACAACCGGCAAAAAACAAAAACUAUUUGAGAAAGCGCUAAAUAGAAUUUAAAAAUGCUGCCGGGACGACAGUUACCACAGCCCAUUGCCCAAGAGAAUCAGUUAUGGGUAUCAUGGCACGAUACGCAAAUGAUGGCGUCGCUUAGUCCAGCCACUGUCAUGGAUUAUUUUUGUCGCAAAUCGAAUCCCUUCUACGACAGGGUUUGCAAUAAUGAAACAAUUCGUAUGCAACGUUUGAGUCUGGAACACCUCAAUAAUAUGGUAGGCGUAGAGUAUAUACUCUUGCACGUUGCCGAACCUAUAUUAUAUGUAAUACGAAAACAACAUCGACACAGUCCGACUGAGGCGACACCAAUGGCAGAUUACUACAUUAUAGGUGGUAUGGUUUAUAAAGCACCUGAUCUUGCAAGCGUGAUCAAUUCAAGAAUAUUAGCUACUGUUACAAAUUUGCAAUCAGCUUUCGAAGAAGCGAGCAGCUAUUCUCGUUAUCAUCCAAACAAAGGCUACACAUGGGAUUUUGUUGCCAAUAAAGCGCUUUCAGAUAAAUCCAAAGGUAAUAAAAAGGAUCCCUCAUCGAACAAAGACGACAGUGGCACAAUUUUUCAAAAGCAACGAGUUGAUAUGCUUUUAGCGGAGUUAUUGCGCAAAUUUCCACCUCCAAUACCACCAAUAAUACAUCAACAACAAAUGCAACAACAGCAGUUACAACAGAAUCAGUUACAGAACACCGCAACAGAAGCAAAUGCAAAUGAGGCAAAUAAUGUUGCUGGAAACCCAACUACCUCUAAUAAUGGUGCUGUUCCUUCAGAAGCAAGUCCCUCACCUAAUACGAUGCAAGGUGGUAUUGAGCCAAAAGUCGAGGGUGUCGAUAUGAAGCCUCCGCCAGAAAAGAAAAUAAAAAUGUAAAAAAUUAUUACCUAAAAUUAUAUAAUUUAUUAUUUUUUUAUAACGUAUCAAAGGAAUUUAACAAAAAAUAAAUGUGCGAAAAAGAUAGAAUGCAAAAA